AUGUCGAAUCUGCAGGAGCUCCACAACGAGAUCGAGACCUUCGAAGCCGGCGCCACUGUCGCAUCGGCUGCCCUUCUUUCCCGCUUCUCAGAGCUGAAGAAACGCUGCCAAGAGAACAAAAUCCCCAUCUUCGCUCUACUCAAGCCGCACUGCCGUCGCGUCGUCAUCACAGCCUUCACGAGCUUCAGCAAUGCUGCUGCUGCCGUCAAGCGCCUCGGCGGGCCGCCUUGGAAUGCCAGCAUCGACGACCUCAUAGGAGCAUUCGGUGAAGAAACUCUGCUGUCAGAGUCUUUCCUACGCGCCCUUGACGACCUCUCCCAAACCGAACCACCCCCUUCCUGGCAUCAAACCCGUCACGCCAUCACCCGUGCCAGCCUGGAGCGGAAAGCAUCCACGGAGAACACGCGCAUUCCUCGUCUUCGCCUCUUCACCCCCAAAGACGUCGUGGCGGCCAAGUCGUUCCUCCAUCCUGGCGUCACGGUUUGUCACAAACGGAAGAAGCGUAGAACAUUAGCUUCCAGAAAGCGAGUUCGUCUCUCACCCGUCCUCGAUAAUGAUAGCUGCGACGAUUCUUCCAAGGACGAAGAAUUGACCCUGACGUUUGAGCAAAACUACGGAGACCUCGAAGGCGAUGUGCUUGAUACUGUCCAGGAUGGUGGCUUUGUGGGAGAUUCCGUGUCUGGCUUCAUCAGCGACGAUUUCGAGUCUACAUCAUCAGAAAGCGAAUCGGACAUGGAGAAUGGCCUUUUUAUCGACUAUGCACAGGCAGCCAGCGAUUCUGCAGAUGAAGGUACCCAAGAGGAGGAUGUGGAGGAUGAAGUCGAUGGUCUAUCUACGCCUGAGCCCGUAGCUGCUGCCUUUGGUGCGAACGACUCACUCAGCCCCCCGAGAUCGCCCAAGACUCCUCCGCCUUCUCAGCUGCUUGCGCAUGGCUUUCCGUUUUCCUCGCCCGUCAUGGAGCUGGCAAUCCGGUCUAGCGGGGGUCGCUCAGCCGGUCGUAAAUAUUCUGCCGGUCUCUCGAAUGCAGCUUUGACGUUUGACGACGACCCACCCGAUUCGCCAACAGCCUCCAUCAGGGCGGCAGCGUCGAGGCUCAGCGGCAUCCGCCAGGACAUCAACGCCCCGCACAGCUCUUUGGACCAGGUCUUGAACCAGCUGCGAGAUGGCGGCUGCGUCGGACACGCAGCCAUUUGGACCUUGCUGGAAUUGCUUGCCAGGUCUCCCGAGCUGCGCGUCAUCGACGUUGCGUAUCCAACCGGCUCGUCGUGGGCUGACUGGGCUUCCUUGCGUCGCCAACACAAACCGCACCCCGGAGUCAAGCACAUUCUCGUGCCUUUGUACGUACCGCAUGCACGGCACUGGGUCUUGUUGCAUUUCGACCUGGCAAGCGCUCACGUUACGGCGUUCGACUCUUUGCUCGAAUCGCGGACCUCGUCCCGUUCCGACUACUUCGAGGCUGCGACGGCAAUCGUGCGAUAUCUGGGGCUCGAUUGGGACGGUGGGGCGUGGGGCUUUGAGGUUGAUCAACACGCACCCCUGCAACAAGACGAUGAUGCUGACGGUUGCGGCGGCAUCUUCGUUGUGGUGACGAGCGUCUGCAUCGCGGCGAAGGAAGCGAUACCGCGGAAAAUUAACGCCCGGAUAUGGCGUCUGAUUUUCCGGCUCUUCUUCAUGCGGACCUUUGUGGCGCUGUGGAGCACACUCGACGCAAAAAGGCAGUUCUGGAUGAUCUAG